AUGAAUGACAAGAAAAGCCCCGUCUUGGAGAGCCAAGGAGAUGCGCCGAAACCGAGACAGAGAAAAUACUUUUUCAAUCUACUCUGGCUGUUUCUCUGUAUCAUUGUAUCCACCGCCUGGUUCACACGCUCGCACUCUACCUUUUCUCCAAGCAUCGAGGAAAGGGUGCAAAAUAUCCUGUCCCAGACUCCAUUGAUCGACGGCCACGAUGAUCUUCCUAUCUUGAUUCGGGAACACUUUCACAACCGCGUAAAUGACUACAACUUCACUGAGGCUUUUGUCAAGGGAAAAUUUCCCGGCCACGUUGAUAUUCCCCGGUUGAAACAAGGUAGAGUUGGUGGUACGUUCUGGAGUGUUUUCGUGGCCUGCCCCGAGAAUUGGACCGAUUUCUCCGACGAGAAUUAUGCAGCAAGCGUGCGAGAGACGAUGGAGCAGGUGGAUCUCAUGUUGAGGAUUCAGCAGGCAUAUCCCAAGGUCUUCUCAACCCCGCCAAACGGUACCACUGCCAUGGCCGCUUUCCGCGAGGGGAAAAUCAUCUCACCGCUUGGUAUCGAGGGCUUACAUUCGAUCGGUAACUCAAUGGCCCACCUCCGAAUAUUUUAUGAGUUAGGCGUUUCAUACGCAACUCUGACGCAUAAUUGCCAUAAUCGGUAUGCCGACGCCGCCAUUCUUGAACUUCCAGGCGGUGGAAUAAAAAAGUCCGACCCUCUUUGGCACGGUGUCAGUGAAGAAGGCCAGAAGCUGGUGUUUGAGAUGAACCGCCUGGGGAUGAUCGUCGAUCUAGCCCAUGUCAGCACGGAUACCAUGCGUGAUGUGCUGGGUGCCGGCAAGUCCGAAUGGGCAGGGAGUCGUGCUCCAGUGAUUUACAGCCAUAGUUCGGCCUAUACACUCUGUCCCCACCCGCGCAACGUCCCCGAUGACAUCCUGGAGCUAGUCCGGGAGAAGAACUCCCUGGUUAUGGUUAAUUUCGCACCAGACUUCAUUUCCUGCACUGCGUCUGACCGCGCCGAUGGGAUCCCAGACACGGACCCUGUUCACGUCACUCUGGAACGAGUUGCUGAUCAUAUCAUGUAUAUUGGUAAUCUUAUAGGCUUCGAGCAUGUCGGAAUAGGUAGCGAUUUUGAUGGUAUUCCGACGGUCCCCCGAGGAUUGGAGGAUGUGUCCAAGUUCCCGAAUCUGAUAAAGGAGCUACUGAAACGAGGAGUCAGUGAUAAAGAUGCAAGUAAGGUGGUAGGGGGUAAUCUAUUGAGGGUAUGGAAGAAGGUGGAUGAGGUGGCGCUUGAGAUGCAAGCCGAGGGUGCACUGCCUGUGGAGGACUGA